GGACAGAAGGAGGAGGAUGGAGGAGGUGAGCGGAUGAAGACGCAGGACUAGAGCUCCUGAGCAGCCAUGAGAAUCAGACAUGUUUCCCAGAGAACAUCUACCUGUGGAUGAGAAGAAAAACCAAAGUAACAAGACUGAAGCUAAACGUGAGUCAUCAGCACACAGCAGUACACGUGUCAAGUCGCCACAGGAAGUCCAUCCAGCAUGUGACCCUGUUAGUAAAGGAAAUGCCAUUCCUACUGAGCUCAUCAACACCCAGCCUCAGCCUACCUCACAGGAGGGACCAGGACGACAGACAUGUCCAGCAUGUCCCCGAUGUGGUCUCACAGUUCCAGAUCUGCAGGGAUCCAGUUUGUCAGUGGACAGCAGCAGCAGCAAGAAGAAGAAGAAGAAGAAAAAGAAUAAGAGCACAAACUAUUACAAGCCUGCAGCCACACCAGGUGACUCGUGCUUCCACUUGCUGCUGGCCUGCCUGUCGUGUCAGUGUUCUGUCAUUCUCACCGGCCUGCUGGACUCCUGCUCUUCCUGCCUCCACACCUUCUGCUCUUCCUGCUGCCGCGCCUGCUCCCGCUGCUGCGCUGCCAUCCAGGAGACACCCGUGGAGGAGAUAAACUGCCACGCCCACUGCCACUCAGUCCUGUUCGACUCCUGCUGUGAACCGACGGAAUGCCUGGAGUUCUGUCUGGACUGCUGUGACAUAUGCCACCGCAGCUAAGAGUCAGAUGGACCUGAGGAACGGAGGACAAUGGACGGUUCAUUCAAGCUACUUUGGUGUUUUGGAGGAAAAAAA